GGGUCAUCGCCCGUGGGUUGUUGUAGUAACGGGGAAGCGGCGGGAGGGGCUGCGGCUGCCGGGCCGUCGUGUCCGCCCGCCCUGCCGGCCGGGGCGAUGCGGGAGCAGGUAACUACUCUUGCAAGAUCUCUUGAAUCUGCAGGAAGGAGUCUGAGAGGCUACUGAGACUGGGCUGUAUGAAAACUCCUAGAGGAAAUGCCAGUUGGGAUGGCUCGAGAUCUGGAGGAAACUGGCUCUUCCUCAGAGGAAGAGGAGGAGGAGGAUGUUGUAGAUGGGUUGGAGGAUCAUCCAUGUAUCAAGUGGACUGGGGGCGGCUGCAGGCGGAUCCCCGUCUUGGUGUUUCAUGCUGAAGCCAUUCUGACCAACGACAGCUACCUCCGCCUAAUUGGAGAGCGCUACCACUUGUCCUAUAAGAUUGUGCGAACAGACAGCCGUCUGGUUCGAAGCAUUCUGACUGCCCAUGGAUUCCAUGAGGUGCACCCUAAUAGCAACGAUUAUAAUCUCAUGUGGACAGGAUCACACUUGAAGCCCUACUUGCUGCGUUCCCUUACAGAUAUUCAGAAAGUCAAUCAUUUCCCUAGGUCAUAUGAACUGACACGAAAGGACAGACUAUACAAGAACGUCAGUCGUAUGCAGCUGGCCCAUGGAUUCAAGACAUUCCAUAUCUUACCUCAGACCUUUAUCCUCCCGACAGAGUACCAGGACUUCUGCAAUACCUAUUCUAAGGACAGAGGCCCAUGGAUAGUGAAGCCCGUGGCCUCUUCCAGGGGCCGAGGUGUCUACCUGAUAAACAGUCCAAACCAGAUUGUCCUGGAAGACAACAUCCUGGUUUCUCGUUACAUCAGCAACCCCCUGCUCAUAGAUGAUUUCAAAUUCGAUGUGCGCCUCUAUGUCCUGGUUACAUCCUAUGAUCCGCUUGUCAUCUAUCUGUAUGAGGAAGGAUUGGCCAGGUUUGCAACAGUGAGGUAUGACCAGACAUCCAAGAACAUUAAAAACCAGUUCAUGCAUCUAACCAACUACAGUGUCAACAAGAAGAGUGGAGAUUAUGUCAGCUGUGAUGAUCCUGAAGUAGAGGAUUAUGGAAACAAGUGGAGCAUGAGUGCAAUGCUGAGGUACUUAAAACAAGAGGGGAGAGACACUGCAGCGCUGAUGGCCAACGUGGAGGACCUGAUUAUCAAGACUGUAGUUUCUGCUGAGCUGGCCAUUGCCACAGCUUGUAAAACUUUUCUUUCACAUCGUGGCAGCUGCUUUGAGCUGUAUGGUUUUGAUGUCCUUAUUGAUGACACUCUCAAGCCCUGGCUGUUGGAAGUGAACCUAUCCCCAUCAUUGGCCUGUGAUGCUCCUUUGGACCUGAAGAUCAAAGCUAGCAUGCUCUCAGAUAUGUUCACUCUUGUAGGCUUUGUGUGCCAGGAUCCAGGCCAGCGGUCAAGCCGAGCCGUUUAUCAUUCAUCUGAAUCUGUCAGGAGAAAUCCAUACCAGAAGCUGCAGCGUCCUGUGUCUGCACAGUCACAAACAGCAAACACCAGAUUGCGCACCCGUCCUCUGUCUGCCAGUGAUGCUGAAAUUAAAAACCAGAUGCCUUCAGGCAGGGAAAAAGCAACAGGAAGGCAAGGCAGCUCUGUGCUAGGUCUCUCCAUGGAGGAGAUAAAAGUUCUUCGUCGAGUGAGAGAGGAAAAUGAACGGAGAGGAGGCUUCAUCCGGAUAUUCCCUACCGCAUUAACAUGGGACCUUUAUGGAUCCUUUUUAGAGCACAAGACAUCAAUGAACUACAUGCUAGCCACACGUCUGUUUCAGGACAGGGGCAAGAUGAAAAGAGACUUCAUCACUGGGAGAUCCCGAGCAGGUCUUAAUGGAAGGCUGGAUACAAGGCUGGAAGCUGUAGACUCUCAUGCUCUCUUUUAUGAGAGAAAGCUUGUUUCACUGGAGUUACGGAAGCGCCGGCGAUGUCAUGGCAAGGCUAGAGCAGCACGGACAAGAUCAUCAGGGACAUCAGAACCAGCAAAGCUGUCCCUCAAGUCAGACACAGAAGAUGAGGAGGAAGGGGAGGUGGAUGCAAAUGAAGAUGAAGAGCUAGAUAGAACGGUUGGCUCUCUUUCGGACACCCAGAUGAAAAGCAAGCCAAAGCUGUCUGACUUGGUGAAAACUACUUGUGAGGAGAAGUUGCCAAAAACACUUGACAAGAAAACUGGAGAUGGAGGAGAGCCGUUUCCUCGGAAAACAGACUCAGAACCACAGUUUAACUUGCUGCAGAUUCUUCAAAAGCAUGGAAACCUGAGCAAAGUGCAAGCUCGCAGGGCUUUCUCUGCAUAUCUACAGCACGUUCAGUUGCGAUUGAUGAAGGAAGUUGGUGACCAGAUCCAGAAUCCUGCCUGGGCUGCCAAAGAGGAUGAGCAAAUGGAGCUUGUGGUACGCUUUCUGAAGCGAGCUGCCAGCAAUCUUCAGCAGUCCUUGCGGAUGCUGCUCCCCAGCCGUCGUUUAGGACUAAAUGAUCGUCGUCGUAUCCUGGCUCACCAGCUGGGCGAGUUCAUAAUCUGUUAUAACAAGGAAACGGAGCAGAUGGUUCAGAAGCAAUCAAAAAAGAAACAAGAGGAGGAGGAGGAGGGAGUGAAUCCUGAAGGUUUUCAGAACUUUAUUACGAGAGCAAGUGAAAGUGACCUGGAGGAAGUGCUGACGUUUUACACACACAAAAACAAGUCCGCGAGUGUCUUCCUAGGAACAAACUCCACAAGCACAAAACCCAGCAACACCAGUAACCAGUCAGAGAAACAGCGUCAAGGAGAGCAUCCUGAGGUGGUGAAAAAAAUAAAAGGUGAUAAGAUCAAAAUUUCAGUUGCAGAUCUGCCUGCAGAAGGAGUAUUAAGAGGCUAUAAAUCCAAAGAAGUUAAAUCAGCCUUUACAGAAGGAACCACCUUCUCUAUAAAUGCUGAAGUGAAAUUACCUCAGUGCGGCCCUCCUAGUGCUUCUUCCUCUGUUUCUGGUGCCGUGUUCCAGAGAAGUACCCGUUCCUGGAUACCAUCGCAGCCUGCAGCCUCUGAAAAUUCACAGGCGCCUGGUCACCAUUUGUUGCCAGCUCCUCCAGUUGGUCCCAGGCUGAUUCAGUCUGCAUCCCCACUACCCUCCUCACAGAGCACAGCUCCUGACAGCUCUUCUGUCUUCACAAACUCAGCGUCCAGUGAGGUUUCUAGCCUUGGAGGUUUACAUCGCUGUUAUUCUGGUAGCUACACCAUUGGCCCAUUCUCAUCUUUUCAGAGAGCUGCUCAGAUCUACAGCCAAAGAUUGUCCCGACCAUCCUCUGCAAAAGCAGGUUUGUGCCAUCGCAGUCCAAGUGGGCAGCGUGUGGGCUCAGCCAGGAUGCACAAAGAUGCAGAAGAUACUUCUUCCCAGGGCAAAAGUUAUAGCCCCAGUGUGGUAGCAGCAGAACUGCAGCAGCUGACAGAAAAGCAAGCAGCCCGUCAGUAUUCCCCACCAAGCCACAUCGGUUUCCUUACACAGCAGUUAACAAACCUGAACUUGGCAAGUGGAGCUAUAAGCAAGGGGAACGCAGCCGCCCCACAGAGCUACCGGUCACCGCUCAACAAAAGAGGGUCAUUGUGGGCUGUUCAGUCAGACACUCAUAUAGCUGACAAAAGAUCUGUCUCUUCAGCAGUCAGGUCUCCAGAGAAUCGUCCUUUUGCCUGGGAGGGAGAGAUGGAGAACAGUGUCUACAACAAGGUGACAGAGAGUCCGCUGGCACAUCCCAACUAUCAGCUCCAUUUUGCUGUGCAGCAACUUCAGCAGCAGAAACUUCAGUCACGACAGCUGUUGGAGCAAAGCCAAACCCGGCACCAGGCUCUCUUUGCCAACUACUCACAAUCCAGCACCAGCCAUAUAUCUAUGCCAGCUGGCUCUGAUGCCCGCAAGACAUCAAGUGCCACUUCUAGUAUCCAGAAGGCAGCCAGUUUGCACAAAGUGAUGCCAUCCCAGAAUACGCCUUCUCAGCUGGUUCCAAAGCCUCCAGCAAACCACAGGCAGGCAGUGGUCAGAAAGGCUGCAGCCCAGAGGAUUUCCAAGGUGACCUCCACUGAAAGGCAACCAAAUGGAUUCGAGAACAGCCUUCACAGUGCUGCAUCCUGUGAGCCAGGGACAAAUUCCACAGCCUCUGCUCUCCGAGAAGGACUAACACUGAACACCAGGUGAGGAAUUUGGGGUGUUGCUUCAAGUAUGGGGCAAAGGAAAAAGCAGCAGUGACUUCAUACCACCACGCUCCCAUAACACCCAGGAAAGCGCGAAGAGGAGACUCUGGUGAGAGGACAACUCACCGAGGAAAGUACCUGAACAUCUGUGGAAGCUGGUGAUAUACCUGCAAGCUGAGGUGAAUGAUUGCCUCUGAGACCUGCUGCUGCUGAGUCUGGGGGUCCCUUCCUCCACCCUCUUUCCUGAUCACUAACUGUGAGAUCUUUCUAUAAGACAGAGGUCCUCCAGCUGUCUGUAUUGUUCUUCCUAAGGUACAAAUUUGAACAUAAAGUCUCAUUUGCUCAGCUAUUUCAGUCUGUCCUAGUCUGGUAACAGCCAAGAUUCUCUGCUGUCAUCACAUGGCAACCAUCAGUAGAGAAAAAUAUUAGAACAUAUGAGUGGAGACAUCUGUGUUGGUUGCCAUCUUGAAUUUUGGCACAGAGCCAUAGAGAUGAUUGGUUUGAAUAAAGUAAUUUCAUUUGUUUGUUUCGGUUAUAAUUAUUAAUUCACACCCUCAAAAUAUUCACUGUCAUUAUAUUGGACAGGAUUUUAAAUCUGUCUUUAUGUUUCACUGUUGGAUGCUUAGGUUCUGUGUGGCUUAUUUUUGUAUUUUGAUUUGUUUGUUUAGGCUUUAUAAACUUUUUAAAUUGGCUGAUGUUUUCAGACCCAAGCUUGAACCCUAAGGCCCAGGUGGCUCCUAUCAGUUGCAAUAGUGGCUUGGUGAAGCACUCCAGUUAAAAUUUGCCUAACGCUGAGAAAAUUAAUUUGCUUGCAUUUAGAAAACAACAUCAGCAGCUGGAAAAUGUAUUGGAGAGAAAGAUCCACCCGUCCUUAAAAUGAACAGGAAGCAGCUUCAGCUCUGGCUCUUUGUUGGUGCCAGGUUAAAGGGAAACUCCGUAUUUUGCAACUUCUGCCUUGUCAAACAGCAAGUGGUAUGAUUGUAAUUCUCAAAGGGUACAAAAUCUCCUCUUGUUUGUAUUGGAGGUCUCAGAGGUUGGAUUCUAACAGCCUGUUUGAUCUGUUUUCUUAUUCCACAGCUCCCCUGUCAUUUCUAGCCUGUGUAGUCAGUGUUAAGAGAUCAUUCGCUUGUGUUGGCGAGUAGAUAGUGAUCAACUCAAAUGGCUGACAGAAGAAACAUUGUCAGAGGGGGAAAGUGUUUUCUCUUGAAAUGAUUGUGUUCAUGUUCACUCUUGGAUUGUGCAUAUUUUCUGUCAUUCAAGACCAGAUAAAUUGUGAGAAGAUGAAAUAAUUAUGUUCAUACCCCAUUAGUUUCACUAUUGCUCGCUCCAGGCAUGAAUUUAUAGAACAGAAUGUGUAUUUUUCUGUUUCUGUUCCACUCACGCAUAUUACAGAGAUUGAAUACUUAAUUUGUCUAAAAUGCAGUUCUCUGAUGUAGCUGUUCCCUUUCUUACAUCAUUGGCUUACCUUUCAUUUCCUAGACAGUCAUGACCCUGUUCACUUUCUCUGCGUUUUUCAGCUGUUCUUCAAGAAUCUCUACAGCAUUUGUCUGCUGCCUGUGCCGCCAUCACAUAUCAUCAGUGACCAAGAGAUUUGUAAAAUCUUGUGAAGUUACUUUCAGAUCAUGUCCCUUCUGUUUGUAAUCAUUGAAUUCCACCCACAGAUCUCCAAGAUAGACGUUUCUACUGGUGCAUCAAGUUGUCAGCUCAUGAUUAGUGACAAUUUAGUUGCAAAAGUUGUUAUUUCAAAUAUUGGCACAUCUUCAGCAGCUAUGGGCUUCAAGGCCUUGGGUCUGUCUUCUCAUAGCCUACUCUGCUACUUGUGGUAUUGGCUAUAGCCUCCAGCUCUGUUCCAGAACUGUUGGAGGGGAAUCAGAUUUUAGCUUCAGUAAAUAAUGGAUUCCAUUUCUUUCUUCCUCCCAGGGGAUGUGGGAGGAAGUUAUCCUUAUUCCACUGGGUUUCAUGCGCAGGAUCAAGUGACUAUAGGAUAUAUAUACAUCCUUGUGGAAUUCUCAUCUCUUUUUGUUCUCUAGUUUCUUCAUUCAUGUUGUCACAGCCACCACUGAAAACUACAGAGAGGUUUGGAGGGUAGAGAUUGAAAUGCACAGUUAGCCCAGGAAAGGUGAUUGUCUUCGAGGAUCAUUGGCAGGAACAGCAUUCUUACAUCUUUGGCAAAUUACCAAUUAGUGCUGGCAUAUUAUGAACACAGGUUAAUUGUUUUGUCAGCUUUGCCAGUCUCCCACCCACUCAUUUUGAGAUAAUGAUUUAUACUCAGUUAUAGGCAGCAUGUUUUCUGAACUUCUUUGCAUUGUAUGUUAGAUGUAGCCAACACCACAUCUAUAACUGUGAUGACUUAGUAGCAGUAUAUCAGACAUCUUGUCUCUAAGAUUUUUGAAAUAUUAAGAGAAAUGCACAUUACAGUCUAAGACCCUCAUUUUGAAGGGAUGAAUUUUGUCAGCUUCAGGAGCAGUGAGGUCUUGCAUCCUUUGUCGCUGGAAAAUUUUUCUUCUGCUUCCAAAAAAUAAAAAACCCAGGGAUAUCAAGACUGGUCUUUUACCUCAAGCCAAACACCUAGACCUUGAAGUCCUCCUGUUCAGCCUCAGGAUAUGUUAGGGCAGCCAGAACAUCAAAGGAGAUAGCAGUAUUCUUUGCCUUGGGCAUAUGCUGAUCCCAGCUCUGAGCGCAAAUGCUCUUACCUUCGGAGCAUGUGCAAUAAAGAAUCAGAAACAAAUCCUGCAAUUUCAGCAUCUCACUUUUUCCAUCUCCCUGUACUCCUCAGCCUGGAGUCCAUGUAUGUCUUUGUGUAUAGUGGAUACUGUGUACUGAAGGAUAACAUAUUUAUUUUGUCUCUUUGCAGCUCUGCUACCUCCAUGCCUGUCCCUUGUCAAAAACCUCUGAGUGUGCUUCAGUUAAGAAAUUCAGUGGAGGGAUAGAACUGUUUCCCACAUGUCUUGGAGAAAAGUCAUUUUACAGGAAGUAUUUUCUAGUACAAGGGAGGAAAGGAGAAUAGCAAACAUUUUAGAUUUAUAAUAGUUGCACAAGGGGAGUACAAUUAUAUAUGUGCUCAAGUGUCGUUUUGUUUGUCUCUGCUUUUAUGACAUUUACUUCCCUGUAUUUGUUAAUGAGUUUCAAUGAAAGUGCCUUUGUUUACUAUGAGAAAAGAAAAUAGAAAGCCCCCACAACCAUUCAGAAUCUACUUCAGUGGUGAGACUGAGUAAUGUAACCAAGGGGUCCUGUUGUUCUCCCCUACUCCGAGAUGUUUGCAUCACUUCUAAGAUAAGGAGCCUGUUCCAGUGACAGAGAAUCAGGCUUGCUAGCCUUGAAAGGAGUAAGGUGCACAUCAGAGUCCUGGAGGCUGAGGUAACGCAGAGUUCAUACAAGUGUUUUGUGCUGUGUUUAGGUGAUGAGCAUACCACAACAUAAAAAUUAAGGGAAGGAUAUUAGAUUCUGUCCGCCCCAGAAGCAGCUGACUUGUACUCAGUAGGUGAAGUAUUAAGUUGACUUUUACGUGGUUCAUCUUGGCCUUUAAAACAGCCUCACAAGUUGUGUAAGUGCCAUCAGUGGGUGAUUGUGUUGUGACGCUAUAUAGAUCACUUAGUCUUGAAUGCCAGUGAGACAUACUGAAAUUUCCAUUCUCAAGACUAGAUAUGCUUUUGGACAAUAAUAAUUUGUUGGAAAUACUCCUCAUUAUGAUGCCUGGAAGGUCAACAUUCAUUUCUCUGUUACUGGUUCCACACUGUGACAGGAGGUUUUGGUAUCAAGACCUUUGUUUACUAGUAGGAAUCUCAGUGCUGUGCCUCUUCCUCAUACUGGAAUAUGGAUAGUUUCUGUGUGCAUGGAGUUGAAUGGCUGGCAGUGCUGGACCAUUCCUCUUCUUUACCUGUGAAAGGAGAUCAUUGACUUAAGAUGAGCUUACAGAACAGACUGGAUUCUCAGCUUGCAUUCUUUCAGGCCUGUACCUUGUACUAAUAUACCAGUUCGUCAUUUUGGAUUAUUUGCUGGAAACAAAAGCAGUCUGUUUCCUGACUUAUUUUUGUUAAGGUUUACUUGAUGAAAACUGCCAAGGACUUUUUUCCUCAGUCAGUCCUACAUUUGCUGCUCAUGAUAAUCCUGGGCUCACUGUUUGAAUCUGGAUGGGUUAUGGUGUUUAAAUAGUUGGAUUUUUUUUGGUUGCAGUAAGUAACUGGCUGAUUGAUCCUCUUCAUACUAUUUCCUUUCUGGACACAUUAUUCCUGUGGAUCUGUCAUGAGUUUCUUCCAAAAGAAGCAUCUGAGCUUUUCUUAAACCUGGGACUUGACUUCCUUUUCUUCUUCCUAGAACCUCAUGUUUCUAGAGCUAAGAUCUCGUUGUUUACGCCAGGAGGACCUUAUUUGAUCUUUACACACUCAGGUCUACUCAAACAGUCCUUGAGAUUGGUUAUACCAAGAGCACAAAACUCAUAGUUCUCUUCAUGCAGAAAGUGGUUAAUUGGAAAAGAGAUGGGCAAGGAGGAGUGUAAGGGAGAAAGUGAAAAGGGAGUAAUUGUUCACAGUCUUGUCCACUAGAAGAAGUAGGAGCAUCAAAUGACACUAACAGAUAUCAGAUUCAAAGGAAAAAAAAGGGGGGAUUGCAAUUUUUUUUCAUAGUAUGUAAUUGACCUGUGGAACUCCUUGUCACAAGAUGUUGUGGAUACAAAAAAGUGUAUGUGGUUUAAAAAGACAAGUAGACAAAUCCAUUAAAAAGUAGUCUAUUAGGGCAUAUUAAAUAUUAAAACUAAAAAACAAGCAGGAAGUUUCUAAGACUGGGGAGGUAUCACAAUGGGCUCUUCCAAUUUUUAGCUUUUCUAUCAGGCAUGUGCUGUUGGCUGCUGUCAGAGAUGAGAAGUGGGCUAGAUGCUCUUGUAGUCUGACUUUGUACGGAUGUUUUAUUUUGACGGAGUACAGCCUACUAGAACAGCCAAGGCAAAGCUGCCUUCCACGACAGCAGCAUAUUCCACCAGAAUUCUCUCUGUGGUGUUGGGUUCUCUAGGAAAAGUCUCCAUUGUUGACAUCUGCCACGUUGUCACAUGCAGCGUGUCUACACCUUCACCUGGGUGGACACUAUAUAUUGCAGAGGCUUUCAGAAUGAUGAAGCUCUUAAAAGAGCAUAAAGGACACCAAGAUCCACUUCUAGACAGUUAUGAUUUUGGGGGAAAGUAGGUUGCUGAAUGGAGGUCAUCCAUAAUAUGAUGUUUGUAAAUGGUUAGUCCCUUAAAUAUGGAAAAGAAAAUACUUGCCACUAACUCAAGCUCUUAUCUUAUUCAUACACUUUUCACUUCUUACCAUCUUUGUCUUCCAAAGCGCUUGAGUGCACAGCACCUUCAGGGUGAAUGUGCACAACCACAGCACAUCUUAAAGAACUACAGUACCUGGUAACUGCUUUCUUCCCACUUUAGAACCCUACUGUCCUUUCCCAAAGAAUGAAAUUGAGUUUCCCUGCUGCCUUAGAGAUGAGUAGUUAGGAAAUGCAAGCUGAUCUUCUCCAAAAUUGUCGGAUUCUGAGUUUUCAAAACAGCCUCUAGUGCAGUUUUAACACAGGACAAACUCCACUGAACUAAAGGUGACAAAUAAGACACCAAGUCUGAUGUGAGGAGUCUGCUCACUCUGUUACCUUACCAAAAAGGAUUUGAAAAAGUUUUCACUGCUGUUUCCAAUUUAAAGGAAAGAAUCACUAAUCAUUGUGGAGACCCUGGUAUAAAGCCUUUGCCAGUGGUAUUCAGUGAAUCAUAGUGGUUCCCUAGGGAAAAGACUAUACUUAACAAGGCCUCUUCUCUACAAGUCCAUGCCUACAGCACACAUAAUGAGCUUGAGAAAUCUUACAUUCAUUGAAAAGGAGUGGCUUCUUUAUCUGACCUAUCAGACAAAAAAAAUUCAAUUUGCCUUUAAAAAAUUUGAUGCAAUUGUUAAGAAUUUGGGGGCUGUUAGAAAUGUAUCUUUUAUUACUAGAAUGUUUGUCAUUUGCUUGGGGCAGGUGGAAGAGGUGCUGUUACUGCUAAAAGCAAUUUCAGCAUUGUAUUUGGCCUGGUGUUCUGGAAUGUGCAACAGAAGAAAACCCCAGAACAUUAGUUUAAUUUGGUAUCCCUGCAAGAGUAUUUUAGAAAAUCCCAUUUCACCAUAGUUAUAACAAUGCUAAAGUGUAGUCUCCUUCACACAGACUAAGAGGAGACAAGUUACUGUACUCAGUGUAGUUAUGUUCAAAAGUCAUAAAAUCUCCUCAAAAAAAUGUUUUGGGGUUAUUGAUCUAAUCCCUGUGUCUUGAGUACUACCAUGUCAAAAGUCAGGAAGGGAUCUUUGAAAAGUUCCUCUACUGCCAAGUCCAACCGUUUGACUGUCAUCACUCCCUCAUUCUACUACAAAAUUUGUUUUUUCUGAGAUUGGAGAGGAAAAAUGAUAAGGGAUUUUUCCCAACUGUUUCCAGUAAUUGCUGUAUAGGAUUCACCUCAUGUUUCCCAAGUGGUUUUGCCUUAUUUAUAUGACCUUCUGAAAAAGUCAUGCUGUGUCAGAUAUAUUUAAUAAAUCUAGGAUGUCUGUGCCAUUCUUCAAGGUGUGCAGAUGUACAGCUGGGAAUCACUGGGAGGGCAAAUGAAGUUGUAGGCAUUCCAUUAGUGCCACUAGUUACAGUAGUUAUGCUUCCAGUUGCAUGAUGCUUCCCCCAUCGGGAUUGUCUUCCCUCCUGAAAGUGUGUUUUCUCCACCAUUUCUAAUUCCAGAAAUUGAAUGUGGAAUACAUUUUGUCUAUUAUAUCAGCUAGGAUUUCUUUUUCUUAUCCACAGACGUACAAAACUCAUGUCUCUGUAUGUCUACUGAAAAAUUCUCAUGAAAAGUAUCUAAGAAUAAAGAUUGGUGGCUCUUCCUGCCAAAUUGUGGCUCUGCAAGUUUCUUAGGUCUUUUGCAUGAUGGCUUGGCUGAGGGCAGCUGGAAUUGAUAAAAAUGAAAGAUAAUUUAAAAUGCAUAGUCAGCACAUUGUAACUGCUGCCACACCAUACUUCCCCAAGAUUUUAUGGUCAUCUCCUUUAUUUUGUUUUUAUUUGUUGUUCUGUUUGUUUCUAGUUCUUCAGAUUAGCACAAUAGAGCACAACAUGGUAGUAUCCAAAUGAGAUCUUCAGAUCCUAAAGUAUAGUUAGAGAUUUCUGUAGCAAGUGUCCUUUGAGGGGGCAGAUGUCAAAUUGUGUCAUGCAAGGCAGCUUGUUGCAAGCUGGAUGUCUUCCAGAGACUCUUGUUGCGAGUCAGACUGUCUGCUACUGCUUUCCCCGACAAGUGGAGUUUCCUACAAAUGCUUGAAAACAGUGGACAUCUCCCAAGCAUCUUGUCUACCUGCAAGAGGGUUUCAGCACUUCAAAAGACCAUAAAUUUUUGUUUCAAGAAAGGACCAGAACAUGGUUACCAAGACAUUCCCCAGUCAUUACACUACAUGCAUUGCACAAAUCCUGUAAGAUUUGCCCCUGGCUGCACAGCAAAUCUUUGUUUUGUCUGCUUCCUGAAGAGGAUAAUAACUUCAGGAGAAAAAAGAAAUCCUUCCUGAAGAAUGUCAGGAAAUCUCUGGUUUGAUGUGACCCAGCUGGCUUCUUUCAUCAAGUGAUGUACAUGCACUGGCCAUGAUAUAUUAUUAUAAUGCUUCAUGCUGAUUUCUGUAUGUGAUGAAUGAAUAUCUGUAAACAGCUAGUGAGAAAUGUUUGACUGUUGGCAGACCAGAAGUCACCUUUGCUUUCUGCAACAUGCAUAACCCCUACGUGUAAUUAUUUCUUGCAUUGGUCUCUGUGGACACCAGUGAGAGACCAUCUUGCCUAGCCAACUAAGUGGAAUGAGAGACAAAGAAUAUCACCCUGCACAAAGACCACUGCCCCCUGAAAGGGGGAGAAAUAAAUCUUUGUCUUCAGAAGAUACCACUUGAAAGAUUUGUGUUCCUUGGUAUAAUUCAACAGUGCCAGCAUAUACCACAGGGGACAGAGUUUCUGCCUGAAAGUUGUUCACUAAAUCUGCAGGAUGUGGGAAACCAAUAAUGUGUGGGGUUUUUUGCCACAAACCAGAGCUGUAAAGAAGCCCGUAUUCUGUACUAGAUAUAAAGGUCCUUAUCCCUAAGUGUAUUUUCCAUGAAAUCAUAGCCCAAUACUGGAAGAGGCCCAGAUGCUUGGUUGAAUGCCUUCAGACCAUCUCUGCCAUCUUCUCUAUGCAACUGAGCCCUAGAUAAGGAUGUUCUAAAAGUAGCUGAGUAUCUGAGGUCUGUAAUCUUUGAAAUUAGUCUUUCCUGGAAACACAUUGUGACAUCCAAAGUACUGUACCAUAUUUCUGAAAUUACAGGCAUAAGUGCCAUCUCAAAUGCAUUAGUGUCAUUUAGAGAAGUAAGAGAAUGGCAGCCAUUAAUCAGCAAUUUUCAUUUGCUGUAUUUCUUGUUGGUGUAUCUGAAUUCAUUUCUAAGACAAUCUAUUUCCCAAUGAGUAAAGCUGUCUCAUCUCUUCUAUGUUGAGUUGUUGUAUUAUAAAGGAUCUUGCAUUUGUACAGGGCAUCUGAAGACUCUCUUCAAGAGAGGACAAAAGAUACUGAGCUUAGUUGCUUCCAUCUGUCACUUCUGGAGCUGCAUAAAAAAUGAACCAGGGCUUAAAUGACUUCCCUGUAUACAAAAGAAAAUAUUGGUAAAGCAGAGACCUGAAAGUCCAGCUGUGCUUUUACUAAACAUCAUAGUAUGCAUGUUAGUUAUUAAUUUUAUACAGC